AUGACAGAAUACAUCUCCAUCCACCCCGCCACUCUCUCCGACAUCCCCACCCUCGCAGCAAUUCGCACGGAAGCCGCUGAGACCUCUUUACUGACCCAUUUCCAGUUCAGCCCCUACCACAGCAUUGCUACAGAGAAAGAGUCAAAUGCCCUCAUCAGUCGACUCUCCGGACGUUUUACUGAACCCGAUGGGCAAAAGUUUCACUUGAUCAAAGCCGUGGAUUCACGGAACGAAGAGACGGUGGGAUGGGGGCUGGUGAAGUGGGAGGACGGGAGCUGGGUUAAUGCUGUGACACCGUCAAGUGCGCAGGCGGUCGCUCCAGAUGAAGAAGUAGGACCUACUAAUCCAGGGACAUUUGGACGGUACUGGUCGAGGAACGUGAUCGCUAAAUGGCGUGGUAUCACGGCUGGUAAGCCCCAUGUCACAAUUGGGGCUAUGAACGUCAAGAUUGCGUGGCAGGGAAAAGGGGUCGGGAGGAUGAUGAUAGAUUAUAUGUAUCGUGAGUACGAACUAGAGAAAGAAUUGGUUAUCGUACAGACCACUGCUUCGGCCGAGAGGUUUUACGAGACGAUGGGCUGGAAGACUGUGGAUAGUACCGAUAUCGAUCUGAGUGAGUGGGCAGGAAAAGGGUUGGGAUAUGGGCUGCUGAGAUGUCCGCAGAUGGUUAGAUACCCCCAGGGAAGAUGA